AUGCGGUCCUCAUGGGCUCCAGCAGUCUCUGAGAUCUGGCUCCCAGCCGGCCUCAGUGGACGUGGUACCCUUGCCUUGAAAAGCGGUACAUUUCCACCAUCUUUCGGCCGAAUUCCCAAGCAACCGGGUCACCUUUCUCACCACACCAAACUUUCAGCCCGUCAUCUUCCCUCCGGCUCUCUGUGUCAUCGUCGCUCAGCCUCCCGACCUUCUUCCCCCCCACUUAUAACGCUUUUCCUCUCAGUCCUCUUAGCCAAAGAUGUAUUUGGCCGACUUUUUUCGGCUUAA